GUGUGGGACUGCGUUAGGGUGAAGCGGGUUUGAGAAAUGGAUCCAGACGCGUUGGCGAAGGCAUUUGUAGAACACUAUUACUCAACCUUCGAUACCAAUCGUAGUGGCCUUGCCAAUCUCUACCAAGAAGGUUCCAUGCUCUCUUUCGAAGGUCAGAAGAUUCAGGGUUCUCAGAACAUCGUUGCUAAGCUCACUUCCCUCCCAUUCCAGCAGUGCCAGCAUGCCAUCACCACCGUCGAUUGCCAGCCCUCCGGCGUCAAUGCCGGCAUGCUUGUCUUCGUCAGCGGCAACCUCCAACUCGCUGGCGAACAACACGCUCUUAAGUUUAGCCAGAUGUUCCAUUUGAUACCAACACCACAAGGAAGCUAUUAUGUGUUGAAUGACAUAUUCCGUUUGAACUAUGCAUGAUACAUGAAAGACCACAGAAAUUUGCCUACAGCUGUUUUGCUCCGGAUAUUUGAAAUUGAAAAUGGGUUCUUUUUGGUUCGUGUUGAACGCUUAAUUGUGCCUCUUCAUUUAGAAUUUCCUGUUAGGGUUGAUUUAAAACGUUUUCUAGGAUAAAUUGUUAAAGAUCAAUGGACAAAUUUGGCUCUUCAUGUCUUUUACUGUUUUCACUGUAUUUUGAUUUGAUUGCUUAAUUUCAAUGUUGGUUUUGCAUCAAGGAUGAUGAGUGGGCUCGCCAUGACUUGAUUGUCCUUCUG